AUGGAAUGUUCAGAACCACUAGGGCUGGUGCGAAGUGACUUGCAAACCAGAAGAUCACAUGUCCUCUUGGCUGCCUCCGGAAGUGUGGCAGCCAUUAAAUUUGAAAAUCUCUGCCGCAGCUUUUCUGAGUGGGCCGAGGUUCGGGCGGUCACGACCAAGUCAGCUUUGCAUUUUAUUGACACGUCAUCACUUUCAAGGGACGUCGUCCUUUACACCGACGAUGAUGAAUGGUCCACCUGGAGUAAGAUAGGUGAUAGCGUACUGCACAUUGAGCUCAGGAAGUGGGCGGACCUCAUGGUUAUCGCCCCAUUGUCAGCAAAUACUCUUGGCAAGGUAUUUACUGCUGCGUUAUUAUCUCCGAUUGAGAUGAUAACAGUCUCUGUCAUGAUUGUUGGGUUUCAUUUCCCCUGACUCUUGGUUAGUCAAUUGAUUCAGCACCUCUCUUAUGUGUCGUUUUCUCACUUGGUUGUAUUUUUUAAUGGUUUCUGAAGAUUGCUGGGGGAUUGUGUGACAAUCUACUGACCUGUAUCGUACGGGCAUGGGACUACAGCAAGCCUCUGUUUGUUGCUCCUGCUAUGAACACCUUCAUGUGGAAUAAUCCUUUUACAGAGCGCCACCUCAGCUUGAUUACUGAAUUGGGCAUUUCUCUGAUCCCCCCUGUGACGAAGAGAUUGGCUUGUGGAGACUAUGGAAAUGGUGCAAUGGCUGAGCCUUCUGUCAUUAACGCCACUGUGAGGCUUUCCUUUCCUCAUCCAUUCUUAAAUGUAUCUAACCCUCACCCUCCCCGGGGGGGGGACCUCCCUCCUCAGUAA